AUGGAGAAAAACCUAGUUGUUUUAUUCCUUAUCAUUUUUAUGGUUUAUUUGGUUGCAGUGAAUUUGUGUUCAGCAUCUCAAGCCCCAGAUCAGAUGAAGAAGCAAUGUGAUCAAAAGCUGCUCAUUCGAAUGAAAACUGAAUGUCUACCUUGCUCUUUAAAUCUCGAAACCCAGUGUCCUGCUGGAUACACCAAAAUUACGAAUGGGACUGGGAUACCAGAUUGCAGGUAUUAUCUAGAAAUUAAAACACACACUCUUUCUUUUCCUGGAUGUCGGCAUCUUUGUAUGAAGGAAUUUGAACAACCUGAGUGCUGUCAGGGACACUGGGGCCCAGACUGUAUGGCAUGUCCAGGAGGAGCUGCAUCACCAUGCAACAAAAGAGGACUCUGCUCCCAGGGUAUAAAUGGGAAUGGAACAUGCACCUGUCAGAAAGGAUUUGGUGGGACAGCCUGUGAAAAAUGUGCUGAAGAUCAUUUAUUUGGCCCUCACUGCACACCAGUUUGCAACUGUGUUCAUGGAGUAUGCAACAGCGGAAUUACAGGAGAUGGAAGAUGUACAUGCUUGUCUGGAUACCAAGGGCUCAGCUGUGAUCAGCCAAUAGCUGAAUGCAAGGCCUUACAGUGCCCUGCAAACUCCAGGUGCUCUGCUUCUCCUGAAGAUGGAACAAGGCUGGAAUGUACAUGUCUGCCCAAUUACCAUGGCGAUGGCAAACAAUGUGAACCUAUCAACCCAUGUUCCAAAAAGGUCUGUGAUUCCAAUGCUGACUGCACUUACCUUGGACCAAAUCAUCACAAAUGUACCUGCAAAGAAGGUUACAGAGGUGAUGGUCAAGUCUGCUUACCCAUAGACCCUUGUCAAGCAGUAUUUGGAAAUUGUCCUCCACAGUCUACCAUUUGCAUAUACGAUGGUCCAGGAAAGUCCCACUGUGAAUGCAAAAAACAUUACACAAACUUUGUACCAGGAAAAGGAUGCAGCAUGACAGACAUCUGUAAAACAAACAACACCUGCCAUAAGAAAGCUAAAUGCUCAAUGACUGCACCAGGACAAAUUAUGUGCACUUGCCAGGUGGGCUACAUCGGGAAUGGCUUUGUAUGCUAUGGGAACAUCAUGGAACGACUUAGAGACUUGAAUGCUGAAGUAGGAGGACAGUGGCAAGGAAAACUGACAUCUGCCUUAUCUCUCAUGGAAAAUGUCUAUGAGUGGCCACUGAGUAGUCUGGGACCAUUUACCGUGCUUGUACCAACAAACAAGGGGCUCAAAGGUACAAAUAUAAAGGACCUUCUGAAUAAUAAACAGAAAGCACAGUACUUUGUGAAACUCCAUGUAAUUGCUGGUCAGUUGAAUACCAGUAGUUUGAAUAAUACUAAUGUAAUAUAUACUUUGACUGGCAAGGCAGGGGAGAUAUCAAAGGGAGAAAAGGAUUAUCAAUUAAGAAUUAGAAUUCAAGGAGGAAGCACAAAAGGAAAACUUUUGCAGGGGAACAUAAUUGCUUCCAAUGGGAUUUUGCACAUUAUUGACAAAGCCAUGGAUAACAUGGACCCAACAUUUGAAAGCAGUGAAGAGGAAACAAUAAUAUCAGUGCUUCAAGAAAAUGGAAGAUACAGCCAAUUUGCAUCCCUGAUAGAGAAAACUGGCCUGGGAGUGGCUUUACAACAGAAUAAUAGACCUUACACAGUCUUUGUUCCAAGUAAUGAUGCUCUGAACAGCAUGAAAUCCAGGGAUCUGGAUUACCUGCUUUCCACAGAGGGUUCAUGGAAGCUUUUAGAGCUUGUCCGAUAUCACAUUGUUUCCAGUGUCCAGCUAGAGAUUGCCAGCCUCAUCUCAAUAGAGCACGUGAGAAGCAUGGCAAAGCAGUUCAUCUACUUUAACAGGACCAGCACUGGACAAGUCCUGGUGAAUGGAGAAGUGGUGGAAGAAACAGAUAUUGUUGCAAAAAAUGGUCGCAUUUAUACUCUUGCAGGAGUUCUUAUCCCAUCCACAAUUGUUCCGAUUCUACCACAUCGGUGCGAUGAGACAAGAACUCAAGUUGCAAUGGGUACCUGUGCAAGUUGUUUAUUGCACACAUUGCCUUCCUGUCCACAGGAUUCAACGCCUAUACCUUUCGCAAAACGGAGAUGCAUUAUUGAAGGUGCAACCUUUCCAAAAACUGGCUGUGCUAGAUACUGCAAUAUAAAAAUAAAGAAACCAAAAUGUUGCAAAGGCUUCUUUGGCCCUGACUGCAGUCCAUGUCCAGGAGGUUUCUCCAAACCCUGCUCAGGAAAUGGACAGUGUGUGGAUGGCAUGAAUGGAAAUGGAACCUGUAUUUGUGCUGAUGCAUUUCAAGGUUCACACUGUCAGUUCUGCUCAGACCCUGGCAGAUAUGGACCUCAAUGUGACCAAAAAUGCCUCUGCAUUUAUGGAAAAUGUGAUAACCGAAUAGACAGUGAUGGGAUCUGUCUUCCUGGCUCAUGUAGAAGUGGAUAUACAGGGAAAUUCUGUGAUAAGCAAAUUGUUCCAUGUGAGCCCUCCUUACAGUUCUGUCAUGCACAUGCAGACUGCCAGCUUAGCAAUGGUGCAGUGAGCUGUGUUUGCAAACCUGGCUAUGAGGGAGAUGGAAUGACCUGCAGCAGAGUUGAUCCCUGUGCUAACCUAAAUCCAGGUGGCUGCAGUACCAAUGCUGAGUGUAUUCAGACAAGCAUUGGAGUACACACAUGUGCUUGCCAGGCAGGAUGGACUGGUGAUGGAAGAGACUGCUCAGCCAUCAACAACUGCCUGCUGCCUUCCUUAGGAGGGUGCCAUGAAAAUGCAACCUGCAUAUAUGUAGGGCCUGGUCAGAAUGACUGCAAAUGUAAGGACGGAUUUCGGGGGAAUGGAAUUGAAUGCACAGCAAUAAACUCAUGCUUGGAACAAAGUGGAAAAUGCCAUCAUCUGGCAACUUGUCAGUUUGAAUCUUUGCAUGGCUGGAAGUGCGUGUGUCCAAAGGGCUACGAAGGAGAUGGUAGAAUAUGCUAUGGAAGUGCAGCAGAUGAGCUAUCUACUCUGUCAGAAGCAGCUGCAUUUAAUCAAUGGGUUAACGAGGCUGAGAUAAACUCAGUGUUGUCCACCACCUCAAAUCUAACUGUCCUCGUGCCUUCUCUUCAAGCAACUGAAAACAUGGAUGAAGAUGAGAAAGCUUUUUGGAUGUCAAAAAGCAACAUCCCAACCCUAUUGAAGUAUCAUGUAUUGACAGGAGCUUACAGCUUUGCUGAUUUACAGAAUUUAUCAUCCUCUGAUAUGCUGCCAACAUCUCUACAGAGCAACUUCCUACACUUAUCUGAAGAAAAUGGGAACAUCACGGUUGAAGGAGCUCACAUCAUAGUUGGUGAUGUUGCAUCCACAAAUGGGAUCAUACAUGUUAUUGAUAAGGUUCUGACCCCACCUCGAAGCACCAUAAUGCCAAGGCUGCUGGCUCGCUUAGAACAGAUGCCUGAUUACUCCGUUUUCAGGGGCUACAUUAUUCAAUACAGCCUAGCAGAUGAAAUAGAAGCUGCAAACACAUAUACAGUGUUUGCCCCAAAUAAUGAUGCCAUAGAAAAUUACCUAAGGGACAAAAAGUCUACUGUGGACGAGGACCAAAUUCGAUAUCAUAUUGUGCUGGAUGAGAAGCUCCUGAAGAAUGACCUGCACAAUGGCAUGCACAGGGAAACUAUGCUUGGGUUCUCCUAUCAAGUUGGAUUCUUCCUCCACAACAGUGAGCUGUUCAUAAAUGAUGCACCAAUAAGCUAUGCAAAUGUUGCCACAGACAAAGGAAUUAUUCAUGGAUUGGGAAAAGUUCUGGAAAUCCAGAAGAAUAGGUGUGAUAUUAAUGAUACUGUGAUCAUUGAAAAGUGUGGACUUUGUUUGCAGCCAUCAAGUUGUCCCCCCGGAACAAAAGAAUUGGUAGGGGAGAAGAAAUAUUGUGUCCUCUCUGAAAACAACAGGAGACUGUACACCAUCCAGAUUGGAUGCCAGCCUAAAUGUGCAAAAACCGUCAUUACGAGGGAGUGCUGUGCAGGUUUCUUUGGGCAGCAAUGCCAGCCCUGUCCUGGGAAAGCAGGGAAUGCCUGCUUUGGGAAUGGCAUCUGCAUGGAUGGCAUCAAUGGCACGGGCACAUGUGACUGUGGAGAAGGGUUUGUUGGCACAGCCUGUGAAAGCUGCGUCGAAGGCAAAUACGGCUACAAUUGCAAUCAAGUGUGCACUUGUGUCCAUGGGAAAUGCAACAGCGGGAUUGAUGGGGAUGGCACCUGCGAAUGUGACAUUGGCUGGAGAGGAGUGACAUGCGAGAGCGAAAUCAAAGAUGAUGCAUGUAAUACCUCAUGCCAUACCAGUGCUAACUGCCUCCUUCUACCAAAUGGCACCGCCUAUUGCAAGUGUGCAGCUGGGUUCAAGGGCAACGGGACCUUCUGUGCAGCUAUUGAUGCUUGUGAGACCAGCAAUGGUGGCUGCUCUGCCAAAGCAGAAUGUAGAAAAACAACACCUGGAAAUAGAGUCUGCAUUUGCAAGGCUGGGUACACUGGAGACGGAAUAGUCUGCAUUGAAAUCAACCCUUGUCUAGAGAACAAUGGUGGCUGUGAUAGAAAUGCUGAAUGCACACAGACUGGACCCAAUCAAGCAACAUGUAAUUGCUUGAAGGGAUAUUCUGGAGAUGGUAAAAGAUGCACAUAUAUCAGUCUGUGUUCACAGAAUAAUGGAGGCUGCAGUGAAUUUGCAAUCUGUAAUGACACUGAGCUGACAGAAAGGACCUGCACCUGCAAACGUAACUACAUUGGGGAUGGAUUUAAAUGUCGAGGCAAUAUUUUCCAGGAACUUCUCAGGGACUCUAGAACAUCUAGGUUUUAUUUUCACCUGGAGGCCUUGUCUAUCAGAGAUAUUGCAGGCCCCGGCCCUUUCACUCUAUUUGUACCUCGCACAAAUGUAUUAAACACUGACUCACGAGUUAAGGAUUGGCUUGCCAGGGGAACAAUGGCUCAAAUCCUUCGGUACCAUAUGGUGGGUUGUGCCAGUCUAUUGUACAAUGACCUGACAACAAUUGCAAACGUCACUUCUCUCCAUGGGGACCCUAUACAGAUCAGCUAUUCUCAGAACACUGUGUACUUGAACAAUAAAGCUGAAAUUAUAUCCAGUGAUGCCGUUGGCACAAAUGGUGUGAUCCAUGUCAUAAAUCAAGUUCUGGUCCCACCGCAGAUUCAAGAUUUUCCCUCAGGCAAUAGGAAGGAAAGCCUCAAAAUGGUUGCAGCCAAACAUGGAUACAUCCUGUUCAGCAACUUGCUAGAGAAUAACAACAUGCUCAGUCUGAUUAACGAUCCCAUUCACAAACCUGUCACGCUCUUCUGGCCCACGGAUGCAGCUAUCAGAGGCCUCCCACAGGAACAACGGGACUUCCUGUUCAAAAAGUCCAAUACAGACAAACUGGUGCAGUACCUCAAAUUCCACAUCAUCCGAGAUGCAAAGGUGUUGGCCUACCAGCUCCCCCGCUACAGCUUAUUGAAAACCUUGCAGGGCUCCAACCUCAGUGUUAGCUGUGGGGAUAACAGGGAGGUUGGUGCCCUUUUCCUGAAUGACAGGCGGUGUAAAAUAGUGCAGCGGCAACUGGAGUUUGAUGGAGGUAUCGCAUACGGCAUUGACUGCCUGCUGAUGGACCCCAGCCUCGGGGGCCGCUGUGACAGCUUUUUCACUGUGGAUUUCCCGGGGCAUUGUGUUAGCUGUUACAGUAAUUCUAAGUGCCCUCCAGGGACAAAACCAAAGGAAGGGAUUCACAGAUGUACAUAUGAAUCCUACGGGCUCCGGAGAGACGGCUGCCGCAGAAACUGUUCAAUGGUGAUCCAUACCACAAAGUGCUGCAAGGGUUACUUUGGACGAGACUGCCAAGCUUGCCCAGGAGGGCCAGAGACUCCUUGCAAUAACCACGGCUCCUGUGAUGAUGGGUACUCAGGGACAGGAGAGUGUGACUGUGACAGCGGCUUCAAUGGGACUUCAUGUGAGCUGUGUUUGCCAGGCAGAUAUGGCUCUGACUGCAGACUCUGUGAAUGCAAGGCCCAUGGGCAAUGCGACGAAGGAUACUCUGGAACAGGACGAUGUUUCUGUGAAACAGGAUGGACUGGUCGGCUAUGUGAAACCAAGCUAGCUCUGCUGCCAGUGUGUUCUCCAAGUUGUUCCACCAAUGCUGUCUGUAUGGAAAACAACACAUGUCAGUGCAAGCCAUUUUACAAUGGAGAUGGGAUCACAUGCACAGCUGCAGACCUUUGCAUACAAAACAACGGUGGGUGUCACAAGGCAGCAGACUGCACACAGAUUGGAGUGAAAGUCUUUUGUAGUUGUCAGAAAGGAUACAAAGGAGAUGGCUUUACAUGCCUUCCAAUAAAUCCUUGUGCUGAUGGGUUCAAUGGAGGCUGCCAUGAACAUGCUAUUUGUACAGUCACAGGACCUGAUAAACGCAAAUGUGAAUGUAAAAAUAACUACAUUGGUGAUGGACUGAACUGCUCUGUGAUGCAACUUCCAAUUGACCGCUGUUUGCAAGACAAUGGGCAGUGCCAUCCUGAUGCUGACUGUGCCGAUCUCCACUUCCAAGAUACCACGGUUGGAGUUUUCCAUUUACGGUCUCCACAAGGGCAGUACAAAAUGACUUAUGAGAAAGCGAAAGAGGCCUGCAACAAUGAAUCAGCCACCAUAGCUACAUAUGAUCAGCUGCUGUAUGCUCAGAAGGCAAGAUACCACCUUUGUGCAGCUGGUUGGUUAGACAACGAAAGAGUUGGCUACCCUACUGCCUUUUCCUCCCCAAACUGUGGAGCUGGAUAUGUUGGAAUAGUGGACUAUGGGAAAAGAGUCAACCUGAGUGAAACCUGGGAUGUUUUCUGCUACAGAGAGAAAGAAGUGAACUGCACCUGCAAGACAGGCUACGUGGGAGACGGUUUCUCCUGCAGUGGGAAUUUGCUGCAAGUACUGAUGUCUUUCCCAACGCUGACAAACUUCUUCUCGGAAAUCAUGGCUUACUCUAACAGCUCUAGGAAAGGGAGGGAGUUCCUGCAGUACCUCACAGACCUGUCAGUUCGUGCCACUCUCUUUGCCCCAGAUGAUAGUGGGUUGACAGAAAACGAGACACUUUCCGGGAGAGACAUUGAAUAUCAUUUAUCUAAUGUAAGCGUAAUGUUUUAUGAAGACUUGACCAAUGGAACCACUCUUCUAACGCGAUUAGGGGAAAAACUCCUAAUAACAGACAGCAGAGGCCAGGAAUACCAAGUCCUCACAAAUGAACAGAACAAGAUCAGAUUUGUGGAUGGAAGUGCUAUUGUCCAGUGGGAUAUAAUUGCUUCCAAUGGGAUAAUCCAUGUUAUUUCAGAGCCUUUAAAGGCUCCCCCGGCUCCUGUUUCUCUUCAUGCUAGUUCUGGGACAAGAAUAUUCUUUGGCAUCUUUCUGGUUAUUGGAGUUGUGGCUUUUAUUGGAUAUUCUUACCUCAGAUUCAAGAAGAAAGAUACGGGCUUCUGGCAUUUCAAGUCAAAAGAUGACACUGACGUAACAUCACUGGACAAGUCACAGCCUUCAAAUAUCACCAACCCCUCAUACGAAAGUUCUUCUGCACUGACUCCACCAGAACCUACUUACGAUCUUUUCUCAGAUUCAGAUGACCAGCAGCAGCUUGUGAUGAAUGGUCCUCAUGAUCAGAAUUAAAAGUCUGAAUUUGAAAUUAGUCAAUUAUGAAACACAUUUCUAUUCACAUUUACUGUGUAUAAAUAGCACCUAUUCAUUUCAUGGAAUAAGAUUUCUUGUUAUUAAAAAAGAAAAGAGCGUGAUUUCGUUUAAGAUGCAGUCUAUAGAUUUCAGUGUUACCAAUUUCAGAAGUGUUGGCUAUAUCUAGUAUCUACUAGAAGUACCAAACACAAAAUUAAGUCCCAACUAACCCACUCAGAAGCGAGCAGAAGCUUAUUUCUCUGCCAAAAGCCUAAGACUUUCACUAGCUUGCAGCACUAUUUUACAGCUCUUCUGUACAAAAUUUAAAAUGGCCUUGAACAUACUGCAGUGCUAACUUCACAAAUAACCUAAAUUUACUAGUGCUCUGGCUCCAUGCCUUCAUUUUGGCAUGGUUACAACCUCAACUGGAGAGCAUGAAACAGAAUGUGUUAACUAGCACAAGUGACCUGUAUUUUCUCAGCACUUGAGACAUUUUUUGGAAAAGCAGACAAGAAGUGGACAAAAAGUAGGGAAGAAAUACGUACCUCACCACUUCAUGUUGCAUGUUCAGUUUCUUUUAGUCUGGGAGGAGGAAAAGCUGGUUAAGUACCAUAUUUCUGCCAAGCACAUUAGCACUGCCUGUCAACCAAUACACAGCAGUAGCUGCUGUUUUUACUAUGCUAUUAAAGCAAAUCAAACUUGAGUUUGAUUCUCUUUCAUUUCCUCCCCUCAAAGCCUUAACACCACAGCAAAUUGCGAGAACACUACAGAGACCACAAAACAGCAAGAAGAGAAAGCUGGCGGCAGUAACGUUCACAUAUUACACACUUCUCAUGUGUACUGUGGAAGAGGGUAUCAUUUUAAAAAAGCCUGAGUUCCCUCCAGGAUGCCUCAUCUCAGAAUAAGGUUUUAGGCAAAGCUGCAAAUCACCCAAAGCCAGCGCUGUUCGUGCAGCUAUCAAGCACAAGCAAGGCAACUUAAUGAGAAAGUAUGACCAAAUUGAAGAGACAAACUGAUGACAUUUCCCUAACUCUUCCCCUUCCCCCUCCACAAGAUGCCCUUUUAGUUUUACUUGAAGGUGCUAAAAUUUAGAAAAUGAACACACGCUUACAUGCACACAUAUAUUUGUUCUCCCCUUCUUCCAAAACACCCACAGAAAUCAAGGCUCAUAAGAACCAGGUGAUAAAGUCCAAGCAUUUAUUUUUGUAGUAAUCAUUAAAUAUUUUUAUCACAAAGUUUCAACAGUUCAUUAAACUCU